CGUCACUUCUUGCGAUUGAAAACAGUGUUUUCGUUAUUGAUUAAUAUAGUUCGUGUGAGUUUAAGUGGUAAUUUAAGGAUAUUCAAGUCGAUAAAAGGAUAAAAUUGUUUGUCUUUACCUGUUUGAAUUGCUGAACGGAUUCACGUUUUUAGCUGUCACGUGUCGUUCAGAUAAUCCGGUGGAGCUAGAUGAUGGAAGUAAAUAAGGAUGAAGCGAGGCGUUGUAUUGAUCUGGCGAGGGGUGCCUUUAACGUGGGCAACCUGGAGAAGGCCAAAAAGUUUGCGGAAAAAUCGAUCAAGCUGUUCCCGUUAAAGGAGGCUGAAGAUUUGCUACGACGGAUCAAAAGUGCCUCCAGCUCAUCAUCGCGUCCCGGCUCUGAAAGUACUGCCAGAAAACGAGCAACGGCUGCCAACAAAGAAAACGAGAAAGAACCGAAGUUGAACGUUGAUUAUACUCAGAAACAGCUGGAUGUUGUACAGAGGAUAAAAAAAAGUAAAGAUUAUUAUGAGAUUCUCGGAAUCACCAAAGAGGCAACGGAUUCGGAUAUAAAGAAAGCUUACAAGAAACUAGCGCUGCAGUUGCAUCCGGACAAGAAUAAAGCUCCCGGCUCCGUGGAAGCUUUCAAGUCGGUCGGAAAUGCCGUGGCCACAUUAACCGAUGCUCAGAAACGCAAAGAGUAUGAUUUGUUCGGUAAUCAGGAAACGUCGUCUAGUCAUUUCUCGUCGGCCUCUAACGGAAAUAGAUAUCGAAAUAGAUUCGAGUCCGAUAUCGAUCCGAAUAAUUUGUUCAACGUGUUCUUCGGGGGAAAUUUCCCGCAUCAGCACCAGCGCACCAACCAGGCACGAUGGCAAUCGAACGAUACUCAAUUCUACAGCCAGCCCAUGGUCGUGGUGAUACUUUGCAUCGUCGUUUUCUGGAUGCUUUCGGCCUUUAGCUCGGAUCCACACUAUAGCAUUUAUCAGACACCCAAAUACCCGAUCGAACGGCGCACUCUGAACCUGAAGGUUCCGUACUACGUUAAGGAAAACUUUGUCAAAGAAUACCAGGGAUCAUUCAGUCGGCUGGAGAAAUCGGUGGAGGAAGACUUCGUCGUGUACACCAAAAUAAUGUGCAACCAGGAACGCCGGGAAAGGGACAGCAAGAUAGCCCGGGCCAAAAGUUUUGGCAGCUGGAACCAGAUUAAUCAGGCCCAGCAGCAGCCAAUGCCAUCCUGCGAACAGCUCUACAAGCUGGGUAUUGGACGAGUUUAUCCGUAAGCUUGAGUCGGGAUUUAAUCUGGGUUCAAAGUUGGUCGAAUAAAUAUUUAAAAAAAUCAUCAACCAAAAUAGAUGAUACUAUGUCCUCACUUGAAAGCUGGUUAUGGUAAGCCUAAAUGUUUAAGUUAUUGCUGAAUAAAAUAAAUGUUAUUUUUCUAUUCAAAAUGAGCGAGAUAUGUGGUAUCAGAAUCAACAGGCAGUUGAUGAAAACUCCUAGGAUUAUUUCUUAUUCGCUUGAACAAUUGGUUUUAAACUAAGUAGGCACUGAAGUUAUUCUCGGAUCGUAAGCAGAAUCCAAAGUGAUUGUUAAAUUUUAUUUAAAAACCUAUUAGAAAACAAAAAAACAUUUUUUUUAUUUUUAAGUGAGGUUAGUUGAAUUUUUAUUUUUGUUAAAAAGUUUUGGAAUAAAAUCAAAAGGAUAUUUUUUUUUAUCUCACCUAAGCCCAUUUUACCAUUUUAAUGAUUCUCAUACACCUAAGUAUAGUGAAAAUUGUACCGGAUUGAUAAAAUAAAUUAAAAUUAUUCCAGUGAAAAUCGCUGAAUCGUCGUAUUAUUUUUCAACAUUUCAACGAUGGAAAUUCGUGCUGAGAUAAAAAAAAAAGAUUAUUAUUAAUAAACGAAUAAAAGAAUUGUGGCGGAAUGAUAACUCACUGUA